AUGAUAUUGAACAAAAUCUUGCUCAAGAUUUUGUUCAAUAAUAUCUUAAAGAUAUCCAAAAGUAAGGAAAUAGAGGAGUUUCAACAUAAAUAUACAAUUAAAGAUUUUGAACUCGGCCAGCAACUUGGCAAAGGCAGGUUUGGUGAUGUGUAUCUGGCCAGAGAAAAGAAAACUAAGUUCAUAGUCGCCUUGAAAAUUCUUGACAAGAAAAAGAUCAGAGAGUGCCAUAUUGAGCACCAAAUAAAGAGAGAAAUUGAGAACCAAUGUUUGAUAAAUCAUAAGAAUAUUUUGAAGAUGUACGAGUUCUUUUGGGAUGAUAACUCCAUUUACCUCAUUCUGGAAUAUUCUCAGUGUGAAUUGUAUCAGCAUCUCAUAAAUCAGCCAGACAAGAAGUAUAGUGAAUCUAGAGCAGCGAAUUAUAUCAAGCAAGUUGCAGAAGCUUUGCACUACCUACACUCAAAAUAAUGUGAUUCAUCGAGAUUUGAAGCCCGAAAAUUUACUUAACUGACAAGGUACAAUAAAGAUAGCAGAUUUUGGGUGGAGUGUUUACUCACCAACUAAAAAUAGAAGAAACACUCUUUGAGGCACAUUAGAUUAUCUUCCUCCUGAAAUGGUUAUGAAUGAGACAUAUGAAAAUAACUAUGGCUACUCUUAAAUAGCGUUGAUAUCUGGUGCCUAGGAGUUUUAUGCUUUGAAUUUCUCUGAGGAUUCCCUCCUUUUGAGACUAAAACCCAUGAAGAGACUUACGCUAGGAUAAAAUAAACUUGAUUUGAAAUUUCCUGAUCAUGUUUCUACCUUAGCACAGGAGUUUAUUUCCUCAAUCAUAAAGCUGAGCCCUAUGCAGCGGCUUUCGCUUGACGAAAUCCUGGAGCAUCCUUGGAUCACUGAGAACGCACCAUUGCAUAAAGAAGAGCUUUAAAGUCUGAUUUGGGCUGAUUAUUAUCACCUUAUAAGCUUUGAUC